AUGAGGCCACGCAGAGAGCAAGGAGGAAGAUUUCCAGCUGUCGUACCUUUCCCUGCACGGCGGUCUUCUCAGAGCGCGGCGCGGGGCAGAAGCGGGCCGGGCCUCCUCUUCUGGGCCCCCAGCACCUGCCCCCAACACCUGUCCCCUGCACCUGCCCCGGGACCUGCAUCAGCACCUGCCCCAGCACCUGACCCCAACACCUGUCCCCUGCACCUGCCCCAGGACCUGCAUCAGCACCUGCCCCAGCACCUGACCCCAACACCUGUCCCAGUACCUGCCCCCAACACCUGCCCCAGCCCCUGCCCCAGCACCUACCCCAGUACCUGCCCCAGCACCUACUCCAGUACCUGCCCCAGCACCUACCCCAGUACCUGCACCAGCACCUACCCCAGUACCUGCCCCCAACACCUGCCCCAGUACCUGCCCCAGCACCAGUCCCCAGUACCUGUCCCCAACACCUGCCCCCAGCACCUGCCCCAGUACCUGCUCCCAGCACCCGCCCCCGUACCUGCCCCCAUCCCCUGCCCCAGCACCUGCCCCAGCACCUGCCCCAGCACCUACUCCAGUACCUGCCCCAGCACCUACCCCAGUACCUGCACCAGCACCUACCCCAGUACCUGCCCCCAACACCUGCCCCAGCCCCUGCCCCAGCACCUGUCCCCAGUACCUGUCCCCAACACCUGCCCCCAACACCUGCCCCAGCCCCUGCCCCAGCACCUACCCCAGUACCUGCCCCAGUACCUGCCCCAGCCCCUGCCCCAGCACCUGCCCCCAGCACCUGCCCCAGCACCUGUCCCCAGUACCUGUCCCCAGCACCUGCCCCCAUCCCCUGCCCCAGCACCUGUCCCCCCAUCUGCCCCAGCCCCUGCCCCAGCACUCACUCUGCACAGCAUCCUCCUGCCCAUGGCAGGCCCACUCACAGCGUUGGCGCCCGGCCUGGCCUGCAGCAUCCUUCAUCCCGGAGUAUAG